UCUCCGUCGUCGUCAAAAAACUCUUAAACCUCUGCUCUCUCUCACUCUUUAUCUUCCAAGCUUAGAGACUAAUAUACCAUUCGAAUCAAGAUGAAAUUUACCUCCAAAACCUAGAAAUGGCCGAUGGUUAGUCCCUUCUAUCUCUUAAUCCCAUGGACGCCAUUCUCGCCUCUCGUCUUCUCCCCACUCACUUUCCUCCUCUCUUCUCAUCUCCGCAUCUAAAUUCAUCACUCCCGCCAUUUUCAAGAACCCGCCGUAUUAGAAUUCAGAGUUUCGCUUCCAAAUUACCGAAGCCUCAACUAAUUUUCUUUCCAAAUGUGUAUAAAUUUGCUGCAUUUAGCUCCAUAGAGGCUUGCUGUAGCUCACCGUGCUCCGAACCGGUAGUGAACGAGGAACGUGUUGCUUCUUCUAUCCUGCAUUCUCCGGAGCCAGAUGGAAGACUGCUUAAAUGUGUCGCAAAGCAAAUAGUUUUGGCUUUGUUUUGUUUCGCAAUCGGUUUCGCUCCAAUUCGGGGGAUUCGCGUGUCUGCCAUUGCAGCUCCGGUUGCGGAGGUUUUGGAUAAGAGGGUGAAGAUGAAUGAAAAAGAGAAAGAGAAAGGGAAUGAGGCGAGUUCGAGGAGUCAUGAGUAUGCAGAUUGUACGCGGAGAUUACUAGAAACGGUGUCGUUUCUGUUGAGAAGUAUAGAAGAGGCGAGGAAAGGAAAUGGGGAUUUGAAGCAAGUCGAGGCGGCGUGGAAGGUGGUGAAGGCGAAGAAGGAGGAGUUGCAGGAUGGAAUCAUGAAUGGGCUUCAUGCGGAGGUGAUGGAAUUGAAGAGAGAAAAGGAGAAGUUGGAGAAGCGGUCGGAGGAUAUUGUGGAUGCUGUGGCGAAAACGAGGAAAGAAUACGACAAGACGGUGGGGAAUGUGGGUAAAGAAUUGGGGGAUAUGAGUGGGAGGUUGGAGGGGAGCUUAAAACGGCUGGAGCAAGAGUAUAAUUCUAUAUGGGAAAGAGUUGGGGAGAUUGAGGAUAUGAUAUUGAGGAAAGAGACCGUGGCAAUGAGUUUUGGGGUGAGGGAGCUUUGUUUCAUUGAGAGGGAGUGUGAGCAAUUGGUUCAAGGCUUUGCUCGGGAAAUGAGACGAAAGGGUAUGGACAGUGUGCCAAAACGCCCAGUCACCAAACUUUCUAAAUCUGAUAUUCAGAAAGAUUUAGAAAGCGUGCAAAGAAAACAUUUGGAACAAAUUAUUUUGCCAAGUGUCUUGGAAGUUGAUCUUGGAUCAUAUUUCGACAACGAUUCUAGUGAUUUUGCUCAACGUAUAAAACAAGGACUUAGAGAGUCAAGGGAGAUGCAGAAGUAUAUAGAGGCUCGUAUUAGAAAAGAUAUGAAGAAAUUUGGUGAUGAAAAGCGUUUUGUUGUGCUUACACCAGAAGAUGAGGUGGUGAAGGGUUUUCCUGAAAUUGAGAUGAAGUGGAUGUUUGGAGACAAAGAAGUAAUGGUUCCUAAAGCUAUUAGCCUUCAUUUGUAUCAUGGGUGGAAGAAAUGGCGUGAAGAAGCCAAGGCAGAACUUAAAAAAAAGUUGUUAGAAAAUGUUGAGUUUGGUAAAGAGUAUGUAGCCGAAAAACAGGAACAUAUUCUUCUGGAUCGAGAUAGAGUAAUGUCGAAGACUUGGUACAAUGAGGAGAAAAAGAGGUGGGAGAUGGAUCCAAUUGCUGUUCCUUUUGCUGUGACAAAGAAACUUGUAGAGCAUGCUCGGAUUAGGCAUGAUUGGGCUGUUAUGUAUGUUGCGAUAAAGGGGGAUGACAAAGAUUAUUUUGUUGACAUUAAGGAAUUUGAUAUGCUAUAUGAAGAUUUUGGAGGGUUCGAUGGGCUGUAUAUGAAAAUGCUCGCCAAUGGUAUUCCAACUACUGUUCACCUGAUGUGGAUCCCUUUCUCAGAGUUGAAUUUUCAACAACAGUUUCUCUUGACACUAAGGCUGUCUCAACAAUGCUUCAAGGCUUUAUGGAAGACAGAGAUAGUUUCAUAUGCAAGAAGUUGGGUUGUUACGAACUUUACAGAAGCAAAUGAUGACAUAAUGAUGGCAAUUGUGUUCCCUGUAUUGGAUUUUGUGAUCCCUUACCCUGUAAGAAUAAAGCUGGGAAUGGCAUGGCCUGAGGAAAUAGAUCAAGCUGUUGAUUCAACAUGGUACUUGAAAUGGCAAUCUGAGGCAGAAAAGAGUUACAAAUCGAGAAAGAGAGAUGAUUUCCAAUGGUUUUUUAUGUUUGCUAUAAGAACUGUUAUAUAUGGAUAUAUCUUGUAUCAUGUCCUUCUAUUUCUGAAAAGAAGAAUUCCGGUAGUUCUUGGUUUUGGGCCAUAUAGAAAAGAUCCAAACUUGCGGAAGUUAGGGAGAAUGAAAUAUUAUCUCAAAUAUAGAAAGAGGAGAAUUAAACAGAGAAAGCAGGCUGGGUUUGAUCCUAUAACUCGAGCUUUUGAUCAAAUGAAGAGAGUGAAGAAUCCACCAAUACCUUUGAAGGACUUUGCCAGUGUUGAGUCUAUGAGAGAGGAAAUGAAUGAAGUUGUGAAAUUUCUUCAGAAUCCUCGUGCAUUUCAGGAGAUGGGUGCUCGUGCACCUCGGGGAGUUCUUAUCGUUGGUGAGAGAGGCACAGGAAAGACAUCUCUAGCAUUGGCUAUAGCAGCAGAAGCUAAGGUUCCUGUUGUUGAAGUUAAAGCUCAAGAGUUGGAAGCAGGAUUAUGGGUUGGGCAAAGUGCAUCAAAUGUUAGGGAGCUAUUUCAAACCGCAAGGGAUCUGGCACCUGUAAUCAUAUUUGUGGAGGAUUUUGACCUUUUUGCUGGUGUUCGCGGCACAUAUAUUCACACUAAAAAUCAGGAUCACGAGGCUUUCAUUAAUCAACUUCUUGUGGAGCUUGAUGGGUUUGAAAAACAAGAUGGGGUUGUUUUGAUGGCUACUACUAGAAAUCUCCAACAAGUUGACGAGGCCUUGCAGCGGCCUGGUCGGAUGGAUAGAAUAUUUCAUCUUCAAAGACCAACCCAAGCAGAAAGAGAGAGAAUAUUACAGAUUGCUGCAAAAGAGAGUAUGGACACUGAGCUGAUUGACUUUGUAGACUGGAAAAAGGUUGCUGAGAAAACAUCUCUUUUACGACCUAUAGAGUUAAAACUUGUCCCAGUGGCUUUGGAAGGAAGUGCUUUCCGGAGCAAAUUUCUUGACACAGAUGAACUUAUGAGCUACUGUGGUUGGUUUGCGACUUUCAGUGGAUUUAUACCUAAUUGGGUGCGAAGAACCAAAGUUUCGAAGAAGCUAAGCAAAAUGCUGGUGAAUCAUCUUGGGCUUACAUUGACUAAAGAAGAUCUGCAAAAUGUGGUUGAACUAAUGGAACCAUAUGGUCAGAUAAGCAAUGGAAUAGAAUUUCUCAGCCCCCCAAUUGAUUGGACGAGGGAAGCUAAGUUUCCACAUGCUGUUUGGGCUGCCGGGCGCAGCCUGAUUACUAUUCUACUUCCGAACUUUGAUGUUGUAGAUAAUCUAUGGCUGGAACCAUUGUCUUGGGAGGGAAUUGGGUGUACAAAGAUCACCAAAGCAAGAAAUAAAGGCUCCACCAAUGGGAAUUCUGAGUCAAGAUCGUACCUUGAAAAGAAGCUUGUAUUUUGUUUUGGGUCACAUAUUGCAUCUCAAAUGCUACUUCCUUUUGGAGAGGAGAAUUUUCUGUCUUCCUCAGAACUUCAGCAAGCACAGGAGAUAGCUACAAGAAUGGUUAUUCAAUAUGGAUGGGGACCUGAUGAUAGUCCUGCAAUUUACUAUCACAGUAACGCGGAAACAGCACUAAGUAUGGGAAACAAACAUGAGUACGAGAUGGCAACAAAAAUUGAAAAGAUGUACGAUUCAGCAUAUUACAAGGCAAAAGAAAUGCUUCAGAGAAAUCGUCAGGUUCUUGAGAAGAUCGUUGAAGAGUUACUGGAAUUUGAAAUCUUGACUGGAAAGGAUUUGGAAACAAUACUCGAAGAUAAUGGUGGGAUUAGAGAGAAAGAACCCUUUUUUCUUUCUAAAGUUCAAGUAGUAGAGCCGUCAUCUAGCAACUUUCUUGACGAAGGAACUACUUUGGCAACGGCGCUUCUAAGUGAAGCAUCAUAAGUCUAGAGAAGCGUGCAACCUUUGAUACAAUCUCUGCAUCUAGAUUGAAAUAGAUGUGUUCUCCGAAGAGUCAAAGAGACAAUGUAAAUCGGCUUUCGUUGAGAAGAGGCAAAAAUUUUCCUUCUCAACCAGCAUUUACGUAAGAGCCUCCAUGUCUUUUUUGAAUUUUUAUUUUUGUAAUUAAAAUUAUUAAUAGUAAAAUAAAAAUAAUUGGUAGAA